AGAAGAUGUGUUUUGAAAAUGUUGGUGGCUUCCCAGACCUUGAUUCAGGAUACAAUGCAAAGAAGAAUUCACAAGACAAACUUUGUAUUGAAUAAAAUACACAUUUCCCCUUGUUUUGUUGUAUUUUUGAAAACAAAUACGCAUUGUAUUAUGGCUAGUUGAUACUGAACUUUGAUGAGACUACUUAUUUUGCAAUGGAAAAAUAUUGUUUUGAGCUAGUUGAUCUUGGCUUCAUUUCAAAGAUUUUUUACUUCAAUUUAUUAUUUCCUUCAGUACAUAUAGAAUUUUGGGCAAGAACAAAACUGCAGAAGCUGCAGGUUAUAUAGUAGGGUUUUGGACAGCAAAACUAGAUAAAUGUAAAAUUAAGUCUUUUGGGUGGGUGACAAUUUUACAAAACUGAAGACCUUUCUACCAAAAAUAAUUUGUUGGUUAAGAUCGGACAAAUGGCAUUUUUCAAAAACUUUCAACAAAAUCUGAGCCUUCCUUCUGUGUCUUCUCUGGUUGACGCUCUUAGUAACGCUGUAGAUGAUCUGACCAGUGCUGUUGGAGAGGUCAGCUAUACUGUAGCUGAUUCAGUCGCAGAGCAGGUAACAAGCAUGAUAAAUGGCCUUCGCACAGAAGAUGAAAACUCUAGAAUGCAAGAGGAUAAAUCUAUGCCUAUUAAAGAGGAAAAUAUAACAUCAUUGGCAGAUUCUAAGGAAACUAAUAUGAAGGAAAAAAGAUGUGUUGAAGAAGAUAAACAUAAGCAGACUCAUUAUUCUGAUUCAUCAGAUUCUGUAAAACAAGAGUUGAAUCAAGUUAGAAUGUCAGUUCAUGUCCAGGACAAAAGAAACAAUCAAUUAAAACGGGGAGAUGCUAACAAACAUUCUAAUAAUAUGGAAGUUUCUGAAGACAUGAAAAAAGUAGGAAGACAUGUUAAAAGCAAAGGAGCCACUGGAAAUAAAUACUUGGAAAAUGAAAAGUUUUCAAAGGAUAAUAAUUUGAAUAGUAAUACAUUUAUAACAGAUGAAUCUAUUAUUAAAGACCCAGGCAAUGGGUUACAUGCAGUACUGGAAAAUUCUAAGGAUCACUUGCAUAGAAAAGUCAAAUCCAGGGCUUCAGCUAUUGAUUUUCAGGACCCCAAAGAGCAGCCCUGUACAGAUGGAUACAAGGAUUUAGAAACAAAAGCAAAUGACGUACCAAAGCAGAGAUUAUCAGAGUCAAUUUCUAAAAAGGCACCGAGUGAUCAUCCUGAUUGUGUUAAUGAAGUAAAAGCAAAGAAAUACAAAACUUUUUCUGAUGGUAACGAACAAACCAUAAUGAACCAUGAAGAAAAUGCAACAACCGCAUUUUCUAAAGAAGGUAAAAAGAGAAACUAUAAGGAAUCAGAAAAGAUUUCAAGAGAAGUAAGUAGCAAGAAGACACCAGAAAAAGACAACUCGUACAUGAAUAAAGACCAGCAUGGUUCCUCCUCUGAAAGUGAAGACGAGGCAUUGGGUAAAUACCAUGAGGCCUUGUCCAGAACACAAAGUUCCAGGCCACCAAUGGUAGAUAGCAGACAGCAAAAAAAUUAUAUUUGGGAAACUAGACAAAAAUAUAGCCCUCUGUCUGCAGAGUAUGAUGGGUACAGUAGUGAAGCCUCGAUAGAUGAAGCAAACUGUAUUCAAAGAAUGAGAAGAACACCUCCACUGGAUGAACUGCAGCCUCCACCAUAUCAGGAUGAUAGUGGUUCUCCUCACCUCUCUUGUACACCCUCUGAAGUUGAUGACAGUAAAUGUGAAUUUUCCCACUGUAGCAACAGUCCAAGAUGUUCAUACAAGUGCCCAAGUGAAGGAAGCACUGGACAUGAAAUAGAAAGCUUCCAUAACAAAGGAUAUGAAGAGGAUGUACCCAGUGAUAGUACUGCUGUCCUUAGCCCAGAGGAUAUGUCAGCUCGAGGAUCAUCUUCACAGCUUCCUAAACCUUUUGAUCCUGAGCCAGUAGCUAAAUACGGCACGCUGGAUGUGACUUUUGACUAUGACUCACAAGAACAGAAGCUUCUAGUAACAGUGACAGCUGUCACAGACAUCCCAACAUAUAACAGGACAGGUGGAAACUCAUGGCAAGUACAUCUACUUCUCCUACCUAUAAAAAAACAGAGAGCAAAAACCAGCAUCCAGCGGGGACCAUGCCCUGUCUUCGCAGAGACAUUCAAAUUUAAUCACGUUGAAUCUGAGAUGAUUGGGAAUUAUGCAGUUCGCUUUAGACUGUAUGGUGUACGUCGCAUGAAAAAAGAGAGGAUUGUGGGGGAAAAGAUUUUUUACUUAACCAAAUUGAAUCUUCAAGGGAAGAUGUCAGUACCAGUGAUAAUGGAGCCUUCUUACAGUCUUUCUGGCUGUGACUCUCAAAUAAGCAUGUCAGAAAUGUCCUGCAGCGAAAGUACCUCCUCUUGUCAGUCCCUGGUACAUGGCUCAGCUCCAGAAAUCCUGAUCGGCCUACUUUAUAAUGCCACAACUGGAAGACUAUCAGCAGAAGUGAUAAAAGGCAGCCACUUCAAAAACUUGGCAGCAAACAGACCACCCAACGGACUGUUCUGUUGUCUAAAACACUUGAUAGGUGGACAGGUUUAUAUAAUCCGAGAUACAUAUGUUAAGUUAACACUGCUGAAUUCCAUGGGUCAGGAGAUGUCCAAGUGCAAGACAUCCAUCCGCCGAGGGCAGCCAAAUCCAGUAUACAAAGAAACCUUCAUUUUUCAAGUGGCACUAUUUCAGCUUUCAGAUGUGACGCUUAUACUGUCUGUGUAUAAUAAACGCAGCAUGAAACGAAAAGAGAUGAUAGGCUGGAUUUCUCUAGGUCUCAACAGCUCAGGAGAAGAGGAACUAAAUCACUGGACUGAAAUGAAAGAAUCCAAAGGACAACAAAUCUGUAGAUGGCACUCAUUACUAGAGUCUUAAUAGGUAGUACCAAGGGUCAGUUGUGGUUCCAGGGAGUUCCAUGUUUAACAAGACUGUCCCUUAGUCACCACCAAGAGAUCUGUUAUGGAAGUGACAAAUUCAACCUUCCACCUUAAAGAAUGCACAAUGUGCGAUGGAGCAGAACAUUUUACACAUUUUCUUCAAUUAAUUUGUCAGAUACCUCACUGGUGUCAGAUUAAACCUUUCUGUACACAGAUGAGAGAGCAAUUGCUCCAUCCCCUUGAUGCAUUCAAUACUGUUUAGUUUGGGAUUAUUUUCUAUUUAGCAAUUCAAAUAUAUUUUAUGUAAAAAUCCCCAAAUUAUUAUAAAAUCCUCCUAUCACGUUGGGGUUUUUUAGUGCUCUUAUAUUUUUAGUUUCUGACCUGCCAACGUCCCGAUUUAGGGACACUGGCCUUUAAUACAAGAAACAAAUUAUUAAACUGUGAAACAAGAAAACCAAACAACAACAAAAAAUCACCACCACUUGGGAAGAAAGCUUAAUAUUGAAUAUAUUGUUAUUUUAGAUUGAUUUUGUUUUUUAGGGCUUAGUUGAAUUAACUUUUCAUUUCUGAUGUGAAAUUAGUCUGAAAAACUCUAGGACUCAGUGGAAUCAGGUGAACUUUGACAUAAAAUAAAUGUUUCUUCAAUCUGUGACAGGAACAAGCUCCACAUUGUGGCAUAAAUUGGGUUUUUCCCCAUUUGCCUGUGCUUGUGCCUCACCCAAAGAGACCAGAUCACUGUUCUGGUCCCUUGCAAGUCUGUUUAGACAGGUUGUACUGUAAAACUAUGUAACUUUCUGUUGAAAGCACUUCCUGUAUUCAUGUAUUCCAAUAUAGGAAGCUUAUAGAGCACGAGUUUACUAAAAAUAUCUUUUCAUUAAACCAAUUGAUAUGCAUUUCUUUAAAAUGUCAAUAUUGUGAAGAUUAUGUUGAAAGAUCACAAAAGAAACAGUAGUAGUUAAACUGCUAAGGCAAAGGACCAAUUCUGUGAUUUUGGGGAAAAGAAAGAUAUUUUUGUUUCCAUGGCUGGUCAUAUGAAUUGCAGAGUUUCAAGAACCAUAAUUUCUAGUCUUGUUGCUGGAGGAUGAAUACAGGGGAUCUAGAAGAGAGUUAUUUCCUCUCUAUUUUCCGGGUGCCAGAGAGAAAUAGGGCUAACCCAUGAGUUGUCAGGGCUUGCAUGGAACAUUGAACUCCCAAAUGUAUGGGUCCAUUUGCUCUGCAUCUAUGUAAGGCUGGCACGGUUGGUUUCAUAGCAAUGUCAUGGUGAAAAAAAGCUGUAGCAUAAUGGACAAAUUUUGCCUUUGGAUAUAUACCCACAACUUCCACCGACAUCAGGGAAGUGUGUGUGUGUGUGUGUGUGUAGCUGAGGUUUGGGCCUAAGUACCGUAAGUACAGUAGAGUUUCACUAAUUCACACUGACUGCCAGAUCCAAUUCAGAUUACUAAAUAUCGUGGAUGACUCAGUAAGUAAUGACACCGUUUUUUUUGUUUAUUACAAUAAUUUUCAUGUCAUCUUAAUUGCUACUCUACAGUAUGUGAGCAAACAUACCGCAGUUUAUUUCUUAAAAGUAAUGAAGUCCCCAGUGCAGCAUUCACUGAGAAGGAGGGUACGAUUGCUGUAUUAUUUUUGGUGAGAAUUAUUGAUGUUGUAGUGAAUUUGGAUAAAGAAAAAACUCUUUCUUGUUACCUCUGAACAGUUCAAACUUUGGGAUACAAAGACAGUCAGGUACUGUGUGAUUGCAUACAGCAAGUGUAUAAUGUUAAAGAUACAUCAUGUGAUGCUCAGAUACUCACAAUACUUUAAUGAUUUCAUAACCCCUUUCCUAAGACAUCUCCCGUUACAGUUUUCAACUGACGUUUAUUUCGUGCCUUUCGUAUCACACUAGUGGAAGCUGCUAAUACAAACGGAUGGUUGUAUUUGCAGAACAGGGCCUUCAGUUUUUAUUAACUUAAGGAUUUCUCAGAACAUUGCCACAGGAAUUUUCUUUCCUGUCUUGCAUGUUGUUUUUUAUGUAAGGCACAAUAAACUUCAUUUUGGUAAUUCAAACAUCCAAGAACUUUGAUUAGCCAGAAACAUUGUAAGUAGCAGUACAGUAUAAAGAGUUCUUUCCAGGUCUGUUUGUUGCUCAGUUUGUGAGGUGCAACUUCAAACUCAUAAAUGUUUAAAUAAAAAUAUACGUUAAUUUUAUGUACAUAAGAAAAACCACUUCCAUUUCCCCAGCUAAUUUUGGUUUCACUUACAAUAGACACACUUGUUAUUUACUGAGUUACUACCAGGAAACAUGUCAUACGUGACCAAGGGUAUAUUUGUGAAUAUUCUGAGGCAGUCUUCUAAGAUCAAAUAUUGUCUGUCAAGGGUUGUCUCUUGUACAGGUUUCACUGUAUAAAGUGAUGUACAGUAUUUCACAGUGACUAUUGAACAAGAUAAUUCCAUUGCAGAGCAUGGGGGAUAUCUCAGGUCAUCACAGACUAUAUUACAAAUUAAACUUGGUGAGUCUGUAACCUGGAAAAGGAACCCAAACUACACUAAACUAUGUGAGCAAUCAAAUUCCUUUUGAAAAGUAAUAUUGUUUAGGAAUGACAUUUUCAUGUAUUAACAAUUCUGACAUAUAAGACAUUAACAUAUUAAUUUAGACAAAACAUGUCUAGAUGCAUGUUGAGUACAUCUAACGAGAUUCUUUUUGUUAGAUCAUGAUGCUCUUCCAACAUUUUCAUGUAUGAUUUUCAUAGACUUCAGAUUCAAUAAGUGUAUCACAAAGUUAAAGGUCUUACUUAUUUAGGCUCCUGCAGUAUAAAUGUAUAUCAUAGAAUCAUAGACUUUAAGGGAAGAGCUUAAAGGAAUUUCUAAUUUUACAUGGACAUCAUAUACAGGUAAUAGAAUGUGGUCAGGUGUUUUUGUCUUUCAAAACUAAUCACAUCAUCAUCUACUGGAAUUCACCUGGGAAUUUUUAUAAAUUGGCAGUAGAACGGGUAACUGCUAUGUUGUUCUUUAUUCCUAGGUCAGUGUUAUGACUUGUGAUUUUGCGAGUUUUUUUGUUUUAUAAAUAAUUUGCUUAAUGUGAAUAUACACUCCCAUAUUCUAAUUCUGCCUUUAGAUAAAGCUUUGUGCAAACCUUACCCCAGUAGCUGAUGCACAGAGUCUUUUGUAUGCAUUCAGAUAGAACAAACCUCAACCAAGGAAAGACAAUCCAAAGAACAAAACCACUGGUAUGUAGUAGAAAGAAAUCAGAACAGGGCCUUUGUGCUUGCCUCAAAAUUGUGCAUGAUUCUAUUUUCUCUUGACUUUUUCUGUUGUUUACAGACCUCUGUUUUAAAGGUACAGUCAGCACUUAUAAGAAUUUAUCAAAUGAUUAAAUUAUUUUUGUCCUGUAUAUCAGAAUUACACAGAGAUUACAAUCCUUGAAUUGAUACUGAUUUUUGAUACAACGCUGCAAUGGUUUUUUACCCCUUGGAUUGACAUAAAAUAUGCAAGGUUUCUUGGAGAAACUACACUUAAAAGGGUUUUCUAUCUUUUCAGCAAUAUAUAUACCUAUAUAUUUGAAGAAAGGAUUAAAAUCUUCCAUACUAUACAUAGCUCUUUGAAAAAAGGAUUACAAAAGUGAAAGAGAGUGAUUGGCUUCAUACUUGAAUUGCACAAAAGAUUAAGGGCCAGAUUGUGACCUAACAGGCCAAUACGAGGGAGUAUGAAGUUACCAGGUGCCCUGUUACUCCCCUGCACUGGCCAGUAACAUAGCAGUGCAAGAGAGAGGACAGCUUCCUGUGCAGGUGGGUGGGGAGUGGACAGAGCCUUGGCUCCAUUCCCUCAUUUGCCAGCCAGAACAUCUGGAAUUCAUGCUCUGGGGAGAGUGACUCCGUGCCAGGCAUAGGACUGGUGCAGAUAACUUCGCCCUGAGCAAGAGGGGGCAUAGCACUCGCAGUCACAGUCUGGUUCCCGGUCUGCUCCUGCGGCAACACAUCUACAUGCUGCCCCUUGUGCUGGGCUUGUGGCAAAGCCACAAUUCAGCCUUAAAGUAGGGUCUAGCUUCUUGCUGACACAGCAGCAGCUGAGGAUUUGCUGGUAUACAAGAGCUAUGGAUUCAGCUACUUGACAAAUACAGCAUAGUUUCUAAACAUAACUAAAAUCCUCAGAGCAUAUUAAUAAAAUGAAGGUUCAAAAUACAGUGAUUACUUGAAAUGAAGGCAUGCCCUUUUACUGGUGUCACAGGCUCUAUUUAUCAACUAAACAAGUCCACAGGCUAUAAUGGAGUAGGCGACAGUACCCAAACCACCGACUGGUUUUAUUGCAGAUACUAUAGGAGACAGUUUUUCAGCACUCUAGAGACUUUCACCCAUAAACUAUUGCAAUCAUUCCUAUUGGUUACAAUAGUGCCUGUUUUUAUUAUUUUCCCGCCUGACACUUUUUGGGUGGUUUCUUUUUUUUCCUACCUCCUCCACUUUGUGUUUCUGUAUUUGUCUGUUCAUUCUCUGUCCUCACUAAGGGGGUCUGGUCCUGUGAGAUGGUAGGCACCCUCAACUUCCGUUGUCCUCAGCUACUUGACUUUGAGGGUGGGGGCCCUCAGCACCUCUUAUCACAAGGCACUGAAGUGGAGUGCAAAAUAAGGCAAUUGACCCAAUUUUGGAUACCUUGCACCAUUAGAGUCAGUAGACAACCUGAACUCAACAAAUAUUAUCUUUUUAAAAAUGGUCUCCCAAACUAAAACCAAAUAAUUCCUGUUGUUAUGAUUCGGUCAUUCCCCUACAUUAUGACUAGCUUUUAGAUUAUUGUUGUAAAUUUCUCUUUCUUUGAUAUAUACUGCCCUUGUAGAUUACAAAGCCACCAGAGCUUCAACAAAGAGAUGAAAGGAUGGAAUUUGGGAAAACUCUCUUUUAAUACAAUAAAAUCUCCCAUUGACUUAAUUGAGAGAAGGAUCAGCCUCUUUACCUAUCCAUCACACUUGUCUGGAGGAAUGCUGCCUUGUCUAAAGCAGGUCUCUAAUAUUAUGGCUUGUCAGUAAAUACUCCUGGGGGAAUUCUGCGCCACUGUGCAAUGCAGAAUUUUGCAGAAAUUAAUGUUGUGCAUGCAGAAUUUUCUUUGCCCCCCCCUCCCUCCACCGCAGAAAUGGGCUGCAGAAAUGCUAGCUGCCACUAGGGGCUACAGGACCUGUCAGAGCCCAUCUCACAAAUAGAAGACAAGGCCAGGGGGAGGGGGAGGGAACUGGAGGGUUCCCAGCAGUUGCAGUUCCCAACACAGCCUGAAGGAAGGAGACGGCAGUCCACAGGAAACACCCUGCAAGCCCAGGACCCAGCAUCAGGCUGUUUCUCCCUCUGGAUCCCUGGGCUCUAAGAGGGUAGGGUCUGUGAGU